AAACUAGAUUUUCUUAUGGGUGGGCCUGAAAAGAGUAAAGGGAAAUUCUGUGCCUAACACAUUAUCUCUCCAAAGAUUUUAUUUCUCGUUCAUUGAAGUACCAUCUUUUAAACAGCCCAUCAUUGCUCACAGGAAGUAGUGAGUUAUAAAUAAGGGUGUUGGGUUUUUUUCCCCUCUGAAGUUUCUGUGAAUACAGCAUAAGAUGAGGUCAGAUAUACUUCCCCUUCACACAGUACAGCUAAAACCUUCACUUCACUGAAGCGUUAUAGACAAAAAGUCAAAGCAAUGUGCUUUUAUAUAAUAGAUUUCUCUGCUGCUUGAGCUCAUUCUUCCACAAUGAGCUUUAAAGGAAAAGUAUUCAGAAGAGACCCCAGUGAACACUGGCGAAGGAAAAGGACAGUUAGACGAACAAAUCCUGGAGAAAUCCAAAGAUUGAGCUGUCAGGAGAAACCCAAACUUCUGGAACCUGUGGAUUAUGAAGCGGUCAUAUCAGAACUUGAGAAGAAUAUUGAGGAUGACUGUCUCAAAGACCUCAUCUUGUUCCCCGAAGAUGACUUUUCAGUAGCCACUGUUCCCUGGGAAAUAAGAACAUUGUACUUGUCUGUUUCUGAAGAUGCAGAGCAAAAAGCUGAACAUCUGUUUGUUAAAGAGGCAUGUAGAUAUUACAGUUCCCAAUGGCAUAUUGUAGACUACAAAUAUGAGCAGUACUCAGGAAGUUUUAGAGAUCUACCACGAUAUGAAUGGAGACCAGAAAAACUCUCUUCGCAUUCCUUUGAAAUUGAUCACGAAGAUAUUGACAAGGAUGAAGAUACAACAUCCCACUCAUCUUCAAAAGGAGGUGGUGGAGGAGGAGGGACAGGAGUUUUUAAAUCUGGCUGGCUCUAUAAAGGCAAUUUCAACAGCACAGUUAACAACAGCAUUACAGUUCGGUCAUUCAAAAAGCGCUACUUCCAGCUGACACAAUUGUCAGACAACUCAUACAUAAUGAAUUUUUACAAAGAUGAAAAGAUCUCAAAGGAACCUAAAGGCUGCAUCUUUUUGGAUUCCUGCACAGGGGUUGUUCAGAAUAACCGGCUUCGGAAACAUGCUUUUGAGCUGAAGAUGAAUGAUUUGACAUAUUUUGUGCUGGCAGCUGAAAAUGAACAAGAUAUGGAUGAAUGGAUUUUUACACUCAACAAGAUCCUACAGAUAAAUCCAGAAGGGUCUCUUCCAGAGAGGAAGAGUGCAGACAUCACAGAUCUGAAAUUUGAUUCAGAAGAUAUGUCAGUGAAUUAUGAUUGCCCACAAGAAGAAACUGAUUCUUCAGAGAACUGUUUGCAUCCAGAUUUCUCUAAAUACCUCACAGAAACAGAAGAAACUGUUCGAGCAUCUCGAAAUAUGGAUAGGCUGAAUUUGUUCUCCCUCGAUCCUGACAUUGUUGCCUUGAAUCCUCAAAGAAGGGAAUUUGCAGGAGCAGAUUCAUUGCUCAAAUCCUUUCUUGAGAAAGAUGCCAAGCGGAUCAUGAUAAUGUGCAAAUCUCUUAGUUUGAAUCUUCAAGCCUGUGUGUCUGAAAAUGAAAAUGAUCCAGUUACCAAUAUUGAGCCCUUUUUUGUGAGUGUGGCUCUUUAUGAUAUAAGAGACAACCGGAAGCUGUCUGCUGAUUUCCAUGUGGACCUAAAUCAUACCGUUGUUAGACAGAUGAUAGCACAUUCUUCACCCUCGUUAGAAAAUGGAACUAUUGGAACUGCUGGCACCAAAGAAGAAGAACCACAAAUCAAAGGAUUUCCAGAGGAAUGGCUGAAAUACCCAAAACAGGCAGUUUUUUCCAUAAGCAACCCUCAUUCAGAAAUUGUUCUGGUGGCAAAAAUUGAAAAGGUGCUCAUGGGAAAUAUUGCUGCCAGUGCAGAACCUUACAUAAGGAAUCCGGACUCCAACAAGUGGGCCCAGAAAGUAUUAAAAUCCAACAAACAGUUCUGCAGCAAGUUGGGAAAAUAUCGGAUGCCCUUUGCUUGGUCUGUACGACCAGUCUUUAAGGAUAAUCAGGGAAAUAUUGACAGAGACUCACGAUUCUCACCCUUGUUCAGACAAGAAAGUAGCAAAAUUUCAGCCGAGGACCUUAUUAAACUAGUAACAGAAUACAGAAGAGCAGAGAAGAUUAAUAAAAUUCAAAUCAUCCCUGGCAGUUUAGAAAUCACAGUUGAUUGUGUACCUUUGGAGCACCCAAAUUGUGUAACAUCAUCUUUCAUUCCAAUCAAGCCUUUUAAUGAUUUCAAAGAGUGUGAACCAACAGUAGAAGUAGAGGAAUUUGUUGAAGAAUCUACAAAGUACUCUCAGAUUUACAGAGUGUAUAAAAACCAAAUAUAUAUCUACCCCAAACAUCUGAAAUAUGAUAGCCAAAAAUGCUUCAACAAGGCACGGAAUAUAACAGUGUGUAUUGAAUUUAAAAGCUCAGAUGAAGAAGGAGCCACACCUGUAAAGUGCAUCUAUGGGAAACCUGGUGGACCACUGUUUAUAUCAGCAGCAUAUACAGCUGUACUACAUCACUCUCAGAACCCUGAUUUUUAUGAUGAGGUGAAAAUUGAGCUGCCUACUCAGCUGCACAGGAAACACCAUAUUCUGUUCUCAUUUUACCAUGUUACCUGUGACAUAAAUGCAAAAGCUAAUGCCAAAAAGAAAGAGGUCCUGGAAACUUCAGUGGGAUAUGCUUGGCUGCCUUUGCUGAAAGAUGACCAGCUAGUGUCUCAAGAACAUAACAUACCUGUGGCAACCAGUUUGCCUCCUGGUUACCUAAGCCUUCAGGAUCCUGCAACUGGGAAGCACAGUGGAGGGGACAUUAAGUGGGUAGAUGGAGGAAGGCCACUCUUCAAAGUGUCUACAUUGGUUGUAUCAACAGUUUACACUCAGGACCCAUAUUUGAACAGAUUUUUUCAGCAGUGCCAAAAAAGGAACAGGGAUCUCUCUCAGCCACCUACCUCAAACUUCAUCAUCUCCUGCAAGAAUUUGCUUAAAAUAGAGAAGAUCCAUGUAAUCGUGAAUUUUCUCCCUGUAAUUCUGAACCAGCUAUUUUGGGUUCUUGUACAGAAUAAAGAGGAUCAGGUUACAACAGCUGUGACCAGGGUACUCACUGAUAUUGUUGCCAAGUUCCACGAAGAACAACUGGAGCACUGUAUCCAUUCAUAUGUAAAGUAUGUUUUCAAAACCAAGUCUUUUGAAGAAAGAACUGUUCAUGAGGAGCUGGCUAAAAACAUGACAGGCCUUCUGAAGUCAAAUGAACAGAGGACAGUGAAACAUGUUUUAAAGCACUCCUGGUUCUUUUUUGCAAUUAUAUUGAAAUCAAUGGCACAACAUUUGAUUGAUACAAAGAGAGUUAAGAUGCCUCGCACUGAGAGGUUUCCAGAGUCCUUCCAAAAUGAGCUAGAUACAGUCAUAAUGGUCAUAUCAGAUCAUGUUGUUUGGAAGCACAGGGAUGCUCUUGAAGAGACAAAUAAUGCAAAUCACAGUGUUGGCAGGUUUUUGAAGCGUUGCUUCACUUUCAUGGAUCGUGGAUUUGUAUUUAAACUAAUCAACAGCUAUAUAAGCAUGUUUGGACCAGGUGACCCCAAGAUAUUGUUCCAGUAUAAAUUUGACUUUCUUCAAGAAGUUUGUAACCAUGAACACUUCAUUCCUCUGUGUUUACCUAUAAAAUCUGCAGACAUUCCAGAUCCAACAACACCAUCAGAAACAACACAGCAGUAUCGUGCAUCAGAUGUGCCGGAAUACACACUGACGAAUGAAUUUUGCCGGAAGCAUUUCUUGAUUGGCUUACUUCUUCGGGAGGUUGGGUGGGCUCUCCAGGAAGACCAGGAUAUCAGACACAUGGCCUUAGCUGUACUGAAAAAUCUCAUGGCAAAGCAUUCAUUUGAUGACCGAUACACAGAGCUGGAGAAGCAGGAAAAAAUAGCAAACUUAUAUAUGCCUCUUUAUGGCUUGCUUUUGGACAACAUGCCAAGGAUCUAUAUGUUUCUGUACAACAUGAAUACAUCCAAUCAGGGAUCCAGGGAUGAUCUGAGCACUAACGGGGGAUUUCAGAGUCAGACGGUAAUGAAACAUGCGAAUUCUGUAGAUACCUCUUUUUCCAAAGAUGUUCUUAACUCUAUUGCAGCCUUUUCAUCAGUAGCUAUUUCUGCAGCCAACCAUGCUGAUUCCAGAGGCUCCUUAGCAAGUCUUGACUCUAACCCAAGCACCAAUGAAAAGAACAGUGAGGCAACAGAAACAUGUGAAAAGAUUGUGAGACCCCUGUCUCUCAUUGGAUCGGCCCUUCGUUUUGACAAGCUAGAUCAGGCUGAAACUAGAAGUCUUCUGAUGUGUUUCCUUCACAUUAUGAAAACAAUUUCAGAAGAUACUUUGAUCUCCUACUGGCAAAGAGCCCCAUUCACAGAGCUAACAGACUUUUUCAACAUUUUAGAGGUUUGCCUUCAAAAUUUCAGAUAUCUUGGGAAACGAAACAUAGUGAGGAAAAUUGCUGCUGCAUUUAAAUUUGUUCAAGCCAGCCAGAAUAAUGGGACUUUUAAAGGCUCCAACUUAUCCUGUCAGACAUCUGGUCUUCUGCCCCAGUGGAUACACUCUGCUUCCAGUAGUGAGGUUCACAAACAUCACAGAUCUCAAACUCUGCCAAUAAUCCGUGGCAAAAAUCCCUUUUCUAAUCCUAAACUCCUGCAGAUGAUAGACAGCACAAUUACAAGUGGUUCCAAUGAAACAGAUAUUGUGAACUACGUAGAUACUGAAGCCAACAUUGCCACAGAAGUUUGCCUUACAAUUCUGGACAUAUUAUGCCUUUUCACUCAUCAUCAUCAGAGACAACUGCAACAAUCAGAUUGCCAGAAUACACUGAUGAAGAAAGUCUUUGAUACCUACCUGCUGUUUUUACAAAUCAAUCAUUCCACAGCAGCCCUCAGGCAUGUUUUUGCUGCUCUAAGAUUGUUUGUGAGUAAGUUUCCCUCAGCAUUUUUCCAAGGGCAAGCUGAUCUAUGUGGCUCAUUCUGCCAUGAGAUUCUGAAGUGUUGUAAUCACAGGUCACGGUCAACUCAGAUGGAAGCUUCUGCUCUGCUUUAUUUUUUCAUGAGAAAGAACUUUGAAUUUAAUAAGCAGAAGUCAAUUGUAAGGUCCCAUUUGCAGCUCAUCAAAGCUGUAAGCCAACUUAUUGCAGAUGCUGGAAUUGGAGGUUCUCGUUUUCAGCAUUCACUGGCAAUUACAAAUAACUUUGCUAAUGGAGACAAGCAAAUGAAAAACAGUAACUUUCCAGCAGAAGUGAAAGACUUGACUAAACGCAUACGGACAGUUUUAAUGGCUACAGCCCAGAUGAAAGAGCAUGAGAAGGACCCUGAGAUGCUAGUGGAUUUGCAGUACAGUUUGGCAAAUUCGUAUGCCAGUACGCCUGAACUGCGUAGGACCUGGCUGGAGAGCAUGGCCAAGAUCCAUGCUAGAAAUGGAGAUUUGUCAGAGGCUGCCAUGUGUUAUAUCCAUAUAGCUGCCCUUAUUGCCGAAUACCUGAAACGAAAGGGUUACUGGAAAGUGGAAAAGAUUUGUCCUUCUCGUUUGCUCCUGGAGGAUGCUGAGCUCUCUGAUAGUAAUGUCUUACUAACAACUCACACUGGAGGAAGCUUGUUUUCCAUGGGAUGGCCAGCUUUCCUCAAUAUUACACCUAAUAUUAAAGAAGAAGGAGCUAUGAAAGAAGACUCUGGAAUGCAAGAUACACCAUAUAAUGAGAAUAUCCUUGUGGAACAGCUGGAAUUGUGUGUUGACUAUCUGUGGAAAUCCGAGAGAUAUGAACUCAUUGCUGAAGUUAUUAAGCCAAUCAUUGCAGUGUUUGAGAAACAGAGGGAUUUCAAGAGGCUGUCAGAGUUAUACUAUGACAUCCACAGAUCUUACCUAAAAGUGGCAGAAGUAGUGAAUUCAGAGAAGCGCUUGUUUGGACGAUACUACCGUGUGGCAUUUUAUGGACAGGCUGUGGGUUUUUUUGAAGAAGAGGAGGGUAAAGAAUACAUCUACAAGGAGCCCAAAUUAACAGGCCUGUCUGAAAUUUCCCAGAGACUGCUGAAACUUUAUGCAGAUAAAUUUGGAGCUGAUAAUGUGAAAAUUAUCCAAGAUUCCAACAAGGUUAACCCUAAGGACCUGGAUCCAAAAUAUGCUUACAUCCAAGUGACCUAUGUCACACCCUUCUUUGAUGAGAAAGAAGCUGAGGAACGAAAGACUGACUUUGAAAUGCACCACAAUAUCAAUCACUUUGUAUUUGAAACACCGUUCACACUAUCAGGAAAGAAGCAUGGAGGAGUAGAAGAGCAGUGCAAAAGAAGGACCAUUCUGACAACUAGUCAUUUCUUUCCAUAUGUGAAGAAGAGAAUACAAGUUGUAAGCCAAACAAGCACAGAACUCAACCCCAUUGAAGUGGCCAUUGAUGAGAUGUCUAAAAAAAUUUCAGAACUCAAUCAGCUCUGCACAAUGGAAGAAGUAGAUAUGAUUAGGCUGCAACUGAAAUUGCAAGGAAGUGUUAGCGUCAAGGUAAAUGCAGGGCCUAUGGCUUAUGCUCGAGCUUUCCUUGAAGAAACUAAUGCUAAGAAAUACCCAGAUAACCAAGUAAAACUUCUGAAGGAGAUCUUCAGGCAGUUUGCAGAAGCAUGUGGACAAGCUCUUGAAGUUAAUGAACGCCUUAUUAAGGAAGACCAGUUGGAAUAUCAAGAGGAAAUGAAAUCGCAUUACAAGGAUAUGCUCAGUGAGCUCUCUGAAGUUAUGAAUGAACAGCUCUUUCAUGGUCAAUGCUUAUACAACUUCUCUGCUUCACUGUCUAAUAUUUCCCUCAAUACUAUAGCCAAAAGUGAUCACCUGCAAGGAGGAGUCUGCAAAGCAUCAAGGAGUGGAACAACCUUAUUCCAAUGCAAUCAGUAGAACAACCACAGUCCUGCCUGGACCCCUGGUGUCAUCAAAUACUGACAUUUGAUAGCCCAUGUUGACUUUGAGCACAGUACUAGGGGAUGGUUGGAUUAUUUUCAGUAACUGUGUAAAUGAAUCAUGAAGGAUUCCAUAAACAGUGAACAGUGGUAUAUUGUUUUUAUUUAUUGAACAUUUCCAGUGUUCUUUCAUUUUGAUUGCCAGUUGAUUUUUAUUUUAUUUUUUUAAUUUUAUUGCCUUUCCUGACAUUUGCACAUUUCCUAUGUUUUUUUCCUGUAUGGGCCAGUCUUUUAUUAAACAGACUGAAAAUGAAUUUUUCAUUGACCAUUUAGUUUCACAGCAAGCCUUACGUUUGCCAUAAAUGAUAAUACAAUCUAAUACAAGUCCUAGUAUUCAUAUACAGUAUUUUAAAGGUCAAAAGUGAAUGUUUUAUAACAUUUAAGUAUAUUGUAAUUGUAAAUAGAAGAUAUGUAAAAUAUGUCCUUUUUAUGAAAUGUUUAGUUAAUGAUUGACAUGACUAAA